GACGAAAGUCCUUGUUUUUCAAUGUAUUAUUAUCUGAUGGUACUGUUGCCUUUGUCAUUUUACUGUUUAGGUACUCUUAACGUUUAAGAACUAUCCAUUGGCAUGCCGGCUGAGUGUGUCCAUAUUCCCCUAAGUUUGGAAGACAACUUUUUCAACUUUGGUGCCUUCAGGUUGAUUUUCGAACUUUUGUGGCCACAAGAGAAGUACUGCAGAUGAAAAAGAGCAAAAUUUUCAACUCUAUCAUCAUUUUAGUCUAGGAUUGGGCAGUAACUAACACGUCGUGUAUGCAUUAAUUAUACUUUUCAAUGGAACUUCUGCUUGACAAUAUGUACGCAGGUUCGUGAUAGGGCUUCGCCGUAUCUGAAUAUGCUUGGGGUGAGGGUUGAGUUGUUGAAACUGAUUGUAUGCUUCAUGCACAGUUACAUUAUCCUCCUGUAUAUUGUUUCAACACAGGUUCAGGAGCCUUCAGAAGAGCCUUUUGAUAUUGAUUCUGUACCUAAUGAGGUUAAAUCUCAACCACUUGCUGAGAAGAAAGCCCCUGGUAAAAAGCCAACUGGGAUGCUCUCCUCUAUCCCAGAGUUCUCAAAGCUUUGGGAAGCUUUUCAAGUCUUUACCACCCCUGGAGCUUACAGAGGCCGAAGCAGAAUAUGGAGUCAAUGUUGUUGAGCACAUUUUCGGUAGGCAUGUGGUGUUCCAGUACAACUGCACAAAUUCAAAUCCUGAGCAGUUACCGGAAAAUAUAAUGCCAACUUUACCGAGCACUAGUUUCCUUUAUUCUACAGUUAGCUUGUAACAAUCUCUCAAUUUUAUUGUGCAAUGUGACAGGUCUCCGUGAUAGUGGAUGCCUCUGAAGCGGAGGAAUUUACUGAAGUAUCAUCAAAACCUUUAAGAUCUCUUCAAUAUGAUUCACCAGGACAGACAUUUGUAGCAUUUGAGAAGCCAAAUGGAGUCCCUGCUUUUGGAAAAUUAGGUCUGUCUCCAAAUCCUCCCCGCUCAUACCCCUAAUGAUUGGGGACUAGAUAUGUUCUGUUAUUGUUGUUGUGUUAAUAAGCACAUUUGGAAUUCAUACGAUAUUUUAGUAAGAGCCAAUUGGGGUUUAUUGAUUGUUUUUUUUUAUGAUGGCAUGGCUUUGGCGGUGGGAAAAUUAACUUGCCUGGAACAUCUAUCCGCUCUGCCAUUCUUUUUCCUGGUAUGGGUCUUUUUAGUAAUUCAGGAGAAGUGGUUGAGUGCUAACCAAUUCAAAUUUUUUGUGAUAAUAUAUACAAAUGCAUGGUCUGGUGAACUCAGAGAUCCUUGACCAUCAAAUAGUGGAGAAAAAUCAUUUUCUUUUGGCAUUGGAAUCCAUUGGCUCGAUUGACUGGCAUCAUAAUCCAAGUGUGCAGUGGUGGCUCCGGGAUUUUAUAUGAGGGUGUUCGUCGUGGUGAAAACCGCAAAUUUUUUUGUAGAGCCCAAUAUAUAAUUUUAUCAAAAUGGAUGAUCAAUGUCGAAUGCUGCUUUUAGUCAUAUGCCUAUCUAGAAAGGUUCUAAAUAUUAAUUUUUCUUUGGAAAUUAAGCUUAACCUUCAAAAUGAUUAACAAAACUCUCAAAAAGAGACCAGGUGAAAAGCAAAUACACAAGUGACAAUUUCUGUGGGUGUUCAAAAGGAUAUCUUAUUUUCAAGAAAGGUAUUAAA